GGAAGGGUAAAAAACUAAAAAUACACUAGUCCUCUAAAACCUUUGCUGGGGAAGUGAGGAGAUAAACCAAAGUAAUCGGCGUACAACCGCCAAAAGUUCAAAAAAAAGCGCCGUUUUAUCUCUCUUUCAACGGUUUCAAAACCAUAAACUCCUUGCUUUCUUUAUUCUCUCAUAUAAAAACCUAAUUUGAUAGAUAUCUAUCAAUUCAUCUAAAAUCCAGACACCCUUGUUUCAAUUCUCCAUCAAUCAAUCAAUUCAUCUAAACCAUAAUUUAUCUACAAUGCCUAGACGCAACUAUACUGUAUCCGACCCUUUCACAGACGACGAUGACGACGUCGUUAUCGGCGGGGAUGAUAUCGUCUUCAGAGAGGACGAGGACGAGGACGAGGACGAGGACGAGGAUGAUGGCGAAGCGGCGGCGGAAGAGGAGGAGGUGAGAAUGACUACUUGGCCGCCUCUUUCUGAAGCUACCGCGGUGGGGUCUACGGUUUCAAGAAUUGAGGAGAGGGAGAAGGAGAUGGUGAGGUUGGUUCCGGAUCCGGAAGGUACGACGUCUACGAGUGGGGGAUGUGGUGAAGGAGAGGAUAGUCAGAAAUUGGAGUGGAAUAGAGAGGAUGUUGAGGGUUUGUUUUGUUCUAUUUGUAUGGACCCUUGGACUGCUUCCGGCGAACAUCAACCUAGUUGUCUUACUUGUGGCCAUUUAUUUGGAAUGUCUUGCAUCAAAAAGUGGCUUGGACAACGGAAAAACUCUGGAAAGUGUCCACAAUGCAACAAGAAGUGUACAUUGAAGGAUGUUCGGAGGAUUUAUGGAUCACGGGUUGUUGUAGUUGACGAAGAAUCACAAAAGCGUAUACGAUAUCUCGAGGCUAAAUGCGAUUCUCUUAAGAAAAAGGACGAAGAAUGGCGUAAAAAGGAAGCUGAGUGGCGUAUGAAAGUGUUAGUAUUGCAGAAGAAAGAUGUAGAGAUUAGUCAGAAAUUACAGCAACUUCAGGAGAGGGAGGAUAUUCUUCAACGUACAGUGGCUGAGUUAGGAAAUAAAUCAUUGGUUUUGGAUGCUGCUACUGAUGGGUUUCAACUGCAAUCAUCUAGAGGUGUUAAUGCUGGAUUAACUCAAAGUCAAGUAUCUUCUUAUACAUUUAAAUUACAGCAAGAGUGGCCAGUAGAUGGAGCACGGCACUUUGAUGUGGAUGAUACUGGUCAGAUUUUGAUCAUUGCACGAAGGCCGAAUAGGAUUGGUGAUCCCCAUAUUCUCACCAAAAUGAGUUUAGUUUCCCCUCGUGAGCAAGAUAACAUUCUACUUCCUUCAUCAGUCAACGCAGUCAGAGACUUGCGUGUAUCUUCAUUUGCCAGACUUGCACUAUUGGCUUCAAAGAAACUGUCUGUUUUAAGCAUGGAAAGCAACAAUGUUGUCCUCAACUAUGAUUUACCGGCUGCUGCUUGGUCUUGCUCAUGGGAUAGUAACAGUUCACAUUAUGUUUAUGCUGGAUUACAGAAUGGCAUGCUUUUAGUGUUCGAUUUGAGACAAACUGGAAAGCCUAUGGAAUCGAGGAAUGGACUUACCUGCAAGCCCGUUCAUUCCAUAUGCUCUCUAUUAGAGGACGCUCCAGAUCACACAGGAGCUAAGAAACUCCUUACUGGUUCUUCAAUUGGCUUGUGUGAGUGGAGUAUUGGUGGUGAAUAUAAAGAGCCGUCCUUAGUUACAGAAACAGCAAAUCAAGGAGUUUGUAUAUCGGUUGCUCACUGCCCCAGCAGUGAUAAUAUUGUGGCAACAUUUCGACCAAAAGUGGAGAUGCCUGAUAAUUAUAGCAUUUCUCAAGUCACACAAGGUCCUUCGCCUACCAUGGGGCACCAUCUUCAUGGUUCUCAUGUCUUUUUGCAGAGAGUAAAUUCUAGAUAUCAAAGGUUUGGAACAACACUUGCGUAUGUACCCAGCAUUCGACUUCCAAAAUCUACCAUUAUAGGAUUGGGGGAUGGCACCCCUGUGUUCGCAUGUGGCAAUGAAGCAACGUCAAAUUUGGUCUUGCAAGAAUUGCCCUCAUUAAAAAUUGUUCAGUCUCUCCAAUCCCACGAUCCUAUCCGUGAUGUGAAGUACACUACCUGCGCAAAACCAAAUCUACUUUGCUUGAGUCAAGACAGGAUACAGUUCUUCUCUAAAUAACUAUCUUGAGAAAGGAAUUAUUUAAGAGAUUCAAUUGGUAUUUUGAAGCAAGUUUUUUGAAGAGCGGAGGAUAGUAAGGCCGAGCUUCUUAGAGCUUAGCUUAUUUAUGUAGGGUUAGGUUAUUAUAAUGUAAAUUAUUGCAUGUACAAAAGCACCGCUGGUUUAGCAGGUAUGCAUAGGACUGAUUAUCGGGCAAAUUAGGGAAUUUUGCGUAAAUAGGUUGUAGAUUAUCUAUGAGAAGUUUAUUACUUCGUAUUAUAAACUAUCAGGUAGGUAACAAUGAUCGACAAGUUUAGAUAUCAUACAAUUUGGUUGUAGCACUGUACUUCAAGUCUUGGUUAUAAGCUGCCACAGCGACAUUCACAAGCUACACAGCUACGAAGCACGACUCAUAAGUUGAUAAAGUAAUGGCGGACACAGGUGGGUUCAAAAUAUAGUGCAAUAUAAGGUGGCAUUUGGUAUAAUAAAGGGUAAGGGAAAGAGUUUAAGAAAGGGAACCAAGGAGAAAUGAAAACCAAAACGCUUAGAUUUAGACCAUUUAGGCAGCUUGUUUUAAAAUAAGAAUGAGAAUUUCACGACCAUUACCCUUCCCUUCAACCACUGCUGCCAGUCUUUCACCAUUCAACCGCCCCUCUUGCUGCCUUUGUCGUGCCCUUGUCAGUUGUCACUGUUGCUGCUCCCCUAUAUCUUUUCAUAUCCUUGGUCUUAAGGCUUGCAAGAUACAUAAGUUGGUGAUUAAAGUCUAUAAAAGUGUGGUCAAGCUUCAAGAUGUGCAAUCUGUUGUCAUUGAUUGUGACCCAAGGCGCUGGGCUUCUUAGAGCUUUAGCUUAUUUACGUUGGGUUAGGUUAUCAUAAUGUAAAUUAUUGCAUGUACAAAAGCACUGCUGGUUUAGCAGGUUUGCAUAGGCCUGAUUAUUGCGCAAAUUAGGAAAGUUUGCGUACAUAGGUUGUAGAUUAUUCAUGAGAAGAUUAUUAUUAUAAACUGAUUAGGCAGGUGACAACACUGAUUGACAAGUUUAGGUAUUAUACAAGCUGGUUGUAGCACUGUAUUUCAAGCCUUGGUUAUAAGCUGCCACAGUAACAUUCAUGAGCCGAUAAAGUAAUGGCGGACUCAGGUGGGUUCAGAAUAUAGUGUAACAUAAGGGGGCAUUUGGUAUUACAAAGGAAGGGUAAGGGAAAGAGUUUAAGAAAGGGAAACAAGGAGAAUGGAAACCUCAACGCUUAGAUUUAGGCAGUUUGUUUUAAAAUUAGAAUGAGAAUUUUCCCCGACCUUUACCCUUCCCUUCAACCACGGGCACCACCCUGUCCACUCUCCUUCAACUAGUAAUGUUUGGUUGACAUAUUAUAAAAUCAGUAGUAAUUUAUUAUGCUUGAGUUAAAUUAUAUUCCUUUCGUUCCUGCAUGUUUUUGUGGCACACUUUAACCGCACAUUGUUAGUUAAAUUUAUUUACUUCUUAUUUAAUUGUGUGAUAUACCCCUUUUUUUAUUUAUUUUUUAUUUUUUGUUUUUAUUCAGUUGCAUUUUAUGUUGUUUCCAAUGCACAUGUCUUGACCUGGGCUGUUCAUUGGUCCAGACCAGACCGAAGACCGAAAAAUUGAAUUUCAAGAACCGAAGAUCGGACCGAUUAAGCUAAGACCGAAUCCGGACCGGACCGAAAAAAUCGGUCCAAAAUCUGGACCGGACCGAUUUUAGAAUUUUUGUAAAACAAUAUUUUAACAUCUUUUUUUGUAUGUUUAGUAC